CAAAAAAUGACACCGGUUUUACUUUCUACCUUGAAGUAUAAAUAAAAAUAUUUUAUUGAUAAAGUUAACUUCACUUAAUAUUAAAGCGUAUGUAAAAUGAAUUUGUAUUAUUUAAUAUUCAUUAUUCCUUGCGCAACGUGUUUAACGUGUUGGUACCAACUAGGCAAAACUCCGAUAUCAACUAUAGAAUGUGAAGUGUGCUACGUUUCUAGCAUGAAACUGUCAAAGGAUGGCACUACAUCUAGUUUCUCUGCAAAGACGUGUCCUUCAAAUAGCUCAGAAUGCGAUACAUUGUGUCGCGUUGCUAUUAAUGGAUGGGCAGUUAUAGAUAAGUCAGUAAAAGUCUCCUCUUGUAAGGCAAAGUGUUGUAACACUGAUCGAUGUAAUAAAGACGAUCUUCUUAAGGACGUUCCAUUUUACAACGAUGCAUCGCAAUGUACUGGAAUAGCAUUUUUAAACUGGAAAAUUUUUUUCGGGAUUGUAAUUGUUAGUUUCGCACAGAAAUUUUUGCUAUAGAAAUAAAAUAAAUUUAUUGUAGUUUUUUUUCGUAACAAACAAAACAAUUGUAAAAAUUUUACAAAAAAUAAACGCAUUAA